AUGAAGGCAUUUUUAUCAGCCGUUGCUAUCAUCUGCGUGGUAAAAUCCGCAGAAGCUUUUGACUUUGUUCGCGAGCAUACUAGCUCUCCUCGCCACGGAUCCCUGCGCGAGUCCAGCGCUGCCUCUGCCGGCGAGGCUUCCUACGACAUCAAGGACUACAUCCCGGACAUUGAAACCCUCAAGGAGCACGCUAACACCGCCGUCAGGAACACUGAAGGUUUUUUCAAUGGCUUUAUGGACUACAUGAGGAACGUCGGAAGCUACAUUUGGAGUUACAUGCCUGACCCCCAGCAAGGCUACGGUGCCGGUUCCGAGGGCCACAGCAACUCUGGCGUAGGAUUCCUCAACAGCCACCCUACUACGAGCGACUCUACCCCCUCAUUUUUGAGUGUUGUGAACACUGAGAACAUCGAUGCCGCCAUUUCCAAUGUCGCCAAGACCGGUGCUGAGUACGGCGCAUGGGUGAAGGACAAGAUUGCGGAUUUGAAGGCUGAGGUUGUGAGCGACCCCACUGCCCAGAAGGUGAUUUCUGUCGUCCGUGACGCCACCGCCCCUCUCACCUCCUCUGGCGAAUCUGCUAAUGAAUCGUAA